CUCCGGUGAAUUCCAGUAACUCCAACCAGUGAUUUGGGAGCUAACUGGCGAAGCUCUAUCAGUCGUGUUAGUACACUGUGACAUCCAGUCGACUACAGCUACUAACUGCUGUCCUGUGCAAGAGCUCGCUCACUCGAUUAGCCACACCCGCCCGACAGACUCCUUCCUCUCCGUCUACUUUCCUUCUUGUGGAGCCGGGCACCUUUGUAGUGUCCUAAUCCGCUCAUUAUUCGACUGGCGAGACGUCAAACCGACGACGAGAAUGCAGCAUGACGUCGUGUACGAGGCUCGUCCUCGUUCCGAGGUCAUUCGCCAGGGAUAUCUGACCAAGUCUCCGCCUCUCGACGGUGGAGCGACCGUUUUUAAGAAGUGGCAGCGACGCUGGGUCGUGUUUCGUUGUGACGACGGCAACGUCAACUUGCAGUAUUUUAGAGGAGAGAAGGACGUGCAUGGGACGCCGCUUGGCACCGUCAUGCUGGACGACUGUACAGGUGUGCAGAAGAGCAUGAAGCACUCGCACUACAAGAAUAUCUUCGCCAUCAACACUCCGUCGCGAGACUAUUUCUUUUCGGCCGAUUCGAAGCAUGAAAUGGAUGAAUGGGUUCAUGUGAUAUGCUCAACCGUCGGGCUGCAAUCGGAUACAAAGAGACCCCUAAUAAAGAAAUCGUCAACCCAUAGCAUGGGAUUUGCUGCUGCCGGUGGUGGUCAUGCCCCGUAUAACUCGACUCUACCUCGGAGUACGUCAGAUGGAAGGCUGCCAUCUACGGAGCAUUUUAGUGGUCAUUCAAUGUCGCCAACCUUCUCCGCGGGACCUGGAUCUCACGGCCUUCCUCUACUUCCUGGUCAAGAAGCUGGACGAGCGACACUGGCACGAGACCAUCAAUCAUUUCCGACCGAAUGUGGAGCUCGUUUAGAGAUGGAAGUUGACAAACGCCACAUUGUUCAGAGUGUUGUAUACGUGGAAGCACUCGGCUAUAUCUGGAUAGCCGGCUGGGAUCAAAAGAAUCCCUCUCUUCACAAUAUUUUCAGAGUUGGAGAUCAAAUCUUGGCGGUCGACGGCAAAGAAGUGCGCACCAUUAGUACAGUACAGCACGCUGUUGAAUGCAGCAUAGGAAUGGUUCGAUUUACAAUAAAGCAGACUCCCUAUGCUCUUGACGUGCAACUCCAAAAACGUUCGCUAAGUGAACCUUUAGGCAUUGGAAUAGAAAAGAAUAAGCUGAUUGAUAUUGUACCCGGUGGCAUUGCUAGUCAAUGCGGUCUGAGUCUUAAAGCGUUGGGUGUCUUGGGCAAGCCUGUUCAUUGGAUCAUAUCUGCAGUCAACGGACGGCAAGUUCCUUUGGCGGGAAUCAAAACCGAUGAGACUAUGAAAAGAGUCCAUUCUGCUGGCAUGGACGUGACACUGACAUUACAACCGGCCGAUUUCUGGAGGAUCCUUAAGAAGAAACUAAAAUCGAUAAAGAACUGGGAAGACUACAUGGCCAAGUAACCAGAGACCGACUUAUUUUAGUAUUUAUGGGUUCAGUUCAUGCGAGCUUGCCGGUUCAAGAAUUAGUAAGAUGUCUGGAAUAUUUUUAUUUCUACUGUUAAUGGUGGUUGAUUUAAGCAUUGCGUUGUAAUGCAUGUAUACUAUAGACUGAUGCGUUUUUUUCGUUUUGUACAUUUUCUUGUGGGUUGUUGCAAUCGUGUCUGGUAUACACUUUGUAUACAAUUAUUAUUAUUAUUACAGUACAGUAGUUUGUAG